AUGACGAUAGACUUUGAGGACCAUCAUCAGACGAUGAAGAAAGCUGUGCUGCUGCUGCUGAUUCUCUGCUGUUUCUGCAUCACGUCUCUGCAUGCGUUCUCCAGAGGCGGGUGCAUCUGCCUACGGGUCAGCCGGUCUGCUGUACCUGCUAAGGCGGUCAGUAAGGUGGAGAUGAUCCCGCCCAACGGACGAUGCCGCAAGACUGAAAUCAUAAUCACCCGCAAGAACAACGUGCGUGUUUGUGCAGUUCCACAAGCCAAGUGGGUCCAGGACCUUCUCAGGACCCUAAACCAGUGUAAGGAGAGCUCCAGCUCUACUGCCACGCCCACAACCGUUUCCACGACAACGGACCACCACAGAUCUUUGUUUUUCUAGCUUGAAACGUUGAGAUUUCUAGUUUGAAGCUAUGCUUGUUCAGUGCAACAUUGGCUUGACUGCUGUUUAAAGAAAUAAAGAACAGAAAACCCCCCA